GUAUACCGUGAAAUCUCGUUGGUGACUACUGGUCGAUUACUUGCGCGCAAAUUCUUUGUUAGUUUGCCAGAGCGCUAUACAGAUAUACCCCGCGGACGCAUCGACUGCACCUAGUCUCUGAGUACGCUGCUAUAGCGCCCGUAUCACUCAACUUUGUACGUAUAUAAGGCUGCACGCAAAACUCUGUCGCCUUCUGCACUUGGUUGAAAUCUGCUUGUCCUAGUUGCACGCAAUCGGUUGAUGAGCGAAUUUCUCGUGUGACUACGUCGUUGCGCACAUUUUGUAAGCAAUAAUGACAGACAAAAAAGCGUAUCCCGUGGCUCCACACCCUCCAACUGGUUUCGUCCCAGCUCAAGCACAACCUGCUACCUAUGGUGUUCCUGGUGCUGCACCAUAUGGAGUAUUUCCGAACCAACCACCAAUUUAUGCUGCUCAAGGCCCGCCACCACCAGCUUAUGACCAAACUUUAACUCAUCCAAUGAUGUACCAACCUAUGUACAGUCAGGGGUACCCGGGUGGGUACUUAACUGGAUAUCCUACGGCUUACGGACCAUUACAGUAUUAUCCACCAUUAGCUGCUGCUGCAGCAUACUAUCCAACCGCAAUGCAACCAACUCCAGUUCGGCCAACGAUUAUGGUACCCAAUGGAUUUGACGGAACAAGGUUUGAUGGUAUUUCACAACCGGUUUUACCUCCACCUCCACCUGGAGUAGCAGCUAAUGCAGCUCAACUAGCUGCGAUUGCAGGUCACAAUGUUGCCCUCACACAGAAGAAAGGCUCGUUCCUAGGAGGCGGUGCAGAAGGUGGUUACACGUUUUGGUAAUUUCUCAAACUGUACACUACUUUCAUGGUUCGCACGAAAAUGGGCAAAAUCUAAUAUAUCAAGAGGAUACAUGAAUCAUCCUUUUCAAGUAUCACGUGUUAUCAUUCAAAUUAUUAGAUAAUGCUUUUUUUAAAAAGAAAAAAGAAAAUGGAGAGGUGACGAUAGACUUGUCAGUUACUUGAAGUUCACCUAUAAUACUUUUAUAAACCUAAUGCUGUAAUAAGUGAAUUCUAAAUGUUCACUUUGUAUUCUAUAUUGCGUAGUAGCAUAAAAGUUGAAAUUGAAAUAGCUUGUUUCAAGCUAAAUAUUUCUAUCUACUUAGGAUUUUUUGUUUAUUUAAUUUAAGUCACAUUCAUAAGGAGGACUAUAAAUACUGUGCAGUAUUAAAUAUGAAAAUAACUAGAUAUAUGUGCUAAAAAAUUUGGCAACUUGGAAUGGUAUUUAAAUGACAAUUAUUUAAGAUAUAUGAUUUUAGAAAAUGUUCAAUAAAAGUUAAAUUUGUAUAUAUAAUUUUCACAAUUCAAAACAAACUAGUAUUAAUUCAAUAAAAAGUUAUAAAAAAUUCAAGAAUAUAUACCCAACAAGAAAAAAUUAUUGUCAGGGUAUGUCUUUGAAACGAUUUUGUUGUAUGAAAUAUUAUUAACAUGGAUGAUGAAAAAUUCAAUGUCAAUGAAAUAUUUUGUAGUAACCAUUUUUUAAUGUACAAACAUUAUUUUGUAUUUUUUUUUAUUGUUAUUAUUUGAAUAAAAGUACGAUAAGUAUACUUUCUUACACGAAAAUAUGUAUAUGAAAAUGAAAUGUUUUUAUGUAAAUAUAUGUGUUUUUGUAUACAUGUAUGCAUUUUACACAUAUAUACACACUUACAUGCACAUUACAAUGCACAAAUGAUUUUGCCAUAUGAAAUUUAAAGUAAAGAAAUUUUCUAGUUUUUUUUUAUAUGGUAUGAUGGAUGCCUCUUUUAUAUUUUUAAUUUGUUUUAAGAUUUAAUUAUAAUUGAAUUAACUAAAGAUACUCAAUUGUUAUUGGUUUAAAUUAAUGAAUUAUAGCAUGUAAAUUUUUCUAGUCCAAAAUGUUAUUUCUAUGAAUACACCAUUCAAGUUUUAGACUUCA